AUGGCUAUAACAAAUAUAAGUCGAUUAUCGACUCGUUCAUUCUCUUCAAGUUCAAAGAUAUUUGCAGGUCAAAAUUUAACUGAAAAAAUUGUACAAAGAUAUGCAGUUGGUUUACCACAAGGUAAAUUUGUUAAAUCUGGUGAUUAUGUUUCAAUUAAACCUGCUCAUUGUAUGUCUCAUGAUAAUUCAUGGCCCGUGGCAUUAAAAUUUAAAGGUCUUGGUGCUAAAAAUGUUAAAGAUAAUAGACAAAUUGUUAUGACUUUAGAUCAUGAUGUUCAAAAUAAAACUGAAAAAAAUUUAACAAAAUAUUCAAAUAUUCAAAAUUUUGCAAAAGAACAAGGUGUUGAUUUUUAUCCUGCUGGUAGAGGUAUUGGUCAUCAAAUUAUGAUUGAAGAAGGUUAUGCUUUCCCUUUAAAUUUAUCAGUUGCUUCUGAUUCUCAUUCAAAUACUUAUGGUGGUAUUGGUGCUUUGGGGACACCAAUUGUUAGAACUGAUGCUGCUUCAAUUUGGGCUACGGGACAAACUUGGUGGCAAAUUCCACCAGUUGCUAAAGUGGAAUUAAAAGGUAGAUUACCAAAAGGUGUUACAGGUAAAGAUGUUAUCGUGGCAUUAUGUGGUGUUUUCAAUAAUGAUGAAGUUUUGAAUCAUGCUAUUGAAUUCCAUGGUGAAUUUAUUAAUGAAUUAUCUGUUGAUUAUAGAUUAACAAUUGCAAAUAUGACAACUGAAUGGGGUGCAUUAUCUGGUUUAUUCCCAGUUGAUGAAACUUUAAUUCAAUGGUAUCAAAAUAGAUUAAAAAUUUUACCUCAACCUCAUCCAAGAGUAAAUCAAGAAACUGUUCAAAAUUUAAUUGAUAAUAAAGUUGAUGCUGAUUCUGAUGCUGUUUAUGCAAAACAUUUAGUCUUAGAUUUAAGUACAUUAUCUCCAUAUAUUUCAGGUCCAAAUUCUGUUAAAGUUUCAAAUUCAUUAGCUGAUUUAUCUGCCCAAAAUUUAAAAGUUAAUAAAGCUUAUUUAGUGUCAUGUACAAAUUCUCGUUUAAGUGAUAUUAAAGCAGCUGCAGAUGUUGUUAAAGGUCACAAGAUUGCCCCAGGGGUAGAAUUUUAUAUUGCUGCAGCUUCAUCAAAUGUUCAAAAAGAUGCUGAAGCUGAUGGUGCUUGGAAAAUUUUAUUAGAUGCAGGUGCUAUCCCAUUACCUGCAGGUUGUGGUCCAUGUAUUGGAUUAGGUACUGGUUUAUUAAAAGAUGGUGAAAUUGGUAUUUCUGCUACAAAUCGUAAUUUUAAAGGUAGAAUGGGUUCAAAAGAUGCUUUAGCUUAUUUAGCUUCACCUGAAGUUGUUGCAGCUUCUGCUGUUUUAGGUAAAAUUGGUGGUCCAGAAGAAUUAGAUGGUUCACCAGCUAAUGGUGCACUUGGUAUCCAUAAGGAAAUUAGAAUCCCAGAAAAACCUAAAUCAACUGAAGACGAGACUGUUACAGGUGGUGUUGAAGUUUUACCAGAAUUUCCAAAAUCAAUUGAAGGUGAAUUAAUUCUUUGUGAUGCUGAUAAUAUUAAUACUGAUGGUAUUUAUCCAGGUAAAUAUACUUAUCAAGAUGAUGUUUCAAGAGAAAAAAUGGCUGAAGUUUGUAUGGAAAAUUAUGAUUCAGAAUUUGGUUCCAAGACAGGAGCUGGUGAUAUUAUAAUUUCAGGUUUUAAUUUUGGUACAGGUUCAUCAAGAGAACAAGCUGCAACUGCAAUUUUAGCAAGAGAUAUGAAAUUAAUUGUUGCAGGUUCAUUUGGUAAUAUUUUUGGUAGAAAUAGUAUUAAUAAUGCUUUAUUAACUUUAGAAAUUCCAGAUUUAAUUAAUAUGUUGAGAGAUAAAUAUAAAGAUUCUCCAAAAGAAUUAACAAGAAGAACUGGUUGGUUUUUAAAUUGGAAUGUUGAAACUGCUACUGUUACUGUUAAAGAUGGUAAAGAUGGUGAAGUUGUUUUACAACAAAAAGUUGGUGAAUUAGGUGCUAAUUUACAAGAAAUUAUUGUUAAAGGUGGUCUUGAAGGUUGGGUUAAAUCUCAAUUAUAG